AUGGCAACACUCUACAAGCUCCCAUCUUUCGUUUCAUUCUCUUACUACAAGCCCUUGUUAAACCAUAAACAAGAACAAGAAUACCCACUUAAAAGAAAUUUCGCAGCGUGUGCUUGUUCGAUCAAGAAACCCAGGGGUAGUAGAAAGGUAAAGAACAAUGUGGAGCUUUGCAAUGAUUUGCGUGAAUUUGUAUCAACUGUUGGACUGCCAGAGGGUCAUGUACCUUCAUUCAAGGAGCUUCAAGAUCAUGGAAGGAAUGACCUGGCAAACAUUGUGAGACGGAGAGGAUACAAACUUAUUAGAGAUCUUCUUUCAAAUUCAACUGAAUCAGACAGUGAUGAGCCACCUAAUAAGGAGAAAAAUUUAGCUGAAGGACCGGAUGCAAUCAAUCAUAGUGCUAAUAUUAUAGCAACAGCCUCACAUAAUUUAGAAGGCCAGGAUAAGAAGAUGAAGGAUUGUUCCUUGUCAACUGAAGGUUCCAGCAUCAAGAACCAUUCUGGAAAUAUAGAUGUUGAUCCAGAACACAAAUCUGGCAGACAGAUUUGCAUGCCUGCAGAGUUGCCAGUUGAUUUGUCAUUGGAGGAGAAUGCCUUGUAUGACGCAGAGCGGCCAGAUGAAAAGUUUCAGAUCAUAGUUGAAGAUGGAUUGUUGUCAUCACCCUUGAGUACUUUUGAACAGCAGGAUCAGGAGGUUAAAUAUAUGGUUGAGGAUAAUUCCUUGUCAACACCAUUAUACUAUGUGGAACAGAAAGGUGAAGAGGUCUUAAGCAAUGUCAAACAAUUUCCUUUGUCAGCUGAAGUUUCCAAUGCAGAUAGCAAUCUUGGUGCCCUGCAUGUUUAUCCAUAUCUCAACUCUGAUGAUGAUACUUCAAUGUCUAUAGAAACUUCAGCUAAUUCCUCCUUGGAGGAAAAAGUCAAAUAUGAUUCAGGUAAGGCUGAGAAGGUCAGCAUUGGGGCAGAAGAAAUGUCAUUGCCGAGUGGGGUUUUAGACACACAAGAUUAUCCCAAUGUAACAAAUAUUUCAGGUCCCGUUGAUGACAAUUAUAGUUGCAUGUCAGCCAAUUCAUCAUUGGAGGAAAAGGUGGCAAAGUUCAUUCAGAAUGGAGAUUUGGAUGCUAUCGAAGAUAAAAUCUUUGGCUUGUCAAAUGAGAGUGCUAGUGGAGAAAGCAAGGGAUUUAGGGGACCAGAAAAUAUGACUGGAGUUCUUUCAAAGAUCUCAUCUGAAGAGAACUUUGAACAUUCAGUUGGUGAAAGUGAUACUGCAUCAUCAAGUGGAAGUUUAUGGACAUCCAUGCAAGUUGUGCCUUCUGUGACAGUAAGCCACCCCCUUAGGAAUGAAUCGCCAGCUGAAGGUCUAGCCAGUGCUGAUGUUGAUCACGAUUUGGAUGUUGAGACCAGCGAAAAGGAGAAUCAGGUUGAGAUUAAUCACCUCAAACUCAAGCUGCAUCAGAAGGAGUUGGAAUUAUCCCAGCUGAAGAAACAGAUUGAGAAGGAAAAGUUUGCAUUGUCUGCUUUGCAAACCAAGGCUGAAAGAGAUAUUAGUAAAGCACAAAAACUUAUCUCUGAAAAAGAUGCUGAAUUACUUGCUGCUGAAGAAAGUCUUUCAGAACUAGUGGAGGUUGAGAUCCAGUAUUGUGGGAAUGGUGAAAUGGUGGAGGUGACAGGUAGCUUCAAUGGUUGGCAUCACCGUAUCAGACUGGAUCCUCAGCCAUCCUCUAGCAUCAAAGAUCAUUUUGGAUCAAGGAAUCAUGAGCUCACCAUGAUGCUUGUUUUCCCAGGAAAUCCAGACUCUGGUCAGCAAUGCUGUGGCUUUAUCCUGGGGUAUACGAGGUUUGAACAUCUGCUACUUGCUGCUGUCAAAGGGAAAGUGCUCAAAAGUGCAGAUAUCACUUGUAUGAAUGAUUUGGAACUUGUCAACCUUAGAAGUCGGGAUGAGAUUUGUAAGAAUGAUAAUUUGUAUCGGAAUAUAAUAAAAUUCAUUGUUGAUGGCCAUUGGAGGGUUGAUCCUCAGAUGGAAUCAGCUACCAAGGGUGGAUUUUGUAACAACAUUCUCCGAGUUGAUGGAUGA